AGCAGGAAGCAAAGGAAAGGCAGAAGGCAACUGUGGGCCUUCGUCUGGUGGUGUGCCCCGUGAGCCUCUGCCCUGCAUGCAGCAGCCCAGCUCGAGAAGAUCCUGACUGCUGUCAUGGCGUGCCCUCUGGAGAAGGCCCUGGAUGUGAUGGUGUCCACCUUCCACAAGUACUCGGGCAAAGAGGGUGACAAGUUCAAGCUCAACAAGUCAGAGCUAAAGGAGCUGCUGACCCGGGAGCUGCCCAGCUUCUUGGGGAAAAGGACAGAUGAAGCUGCUUUCCAGAAGCUGAUGAGCAACUUGGACAGCAACAGGGACAACGAGGUGGACUUCCAAGAGUACUGUGUCUUCCUGUCCUGCAUCGCCAUGAUGUGUAACGAAUUCUUUGAAGGCUUCCCAGAUAAGCAGCCCAGGAAGAAAUGAAAGCUCCUCUGAUGUGGUUGGGGGGUCUGCAAGCUGGGGCCUUCCCUGUCGCCAGUGGGCACAGUGCCCCACCCUGGCUCCUUCAGACACGUGCUUGAUGCUGAGCAAGUUCAAUAAAGAUUCUUGGAAGUUUUGAG